CGAUGCGCUUAUAAAACCCAGAGGCGGUGAACUCGCGGACAGCUGUUCCCUGCAGCCCUGCGCCUUCGCGACCAAGCCCCAGCGCGUCAGGCCCCCUCGUCACCUCAGGCACAACCAUGCUGAGGACGGCAGCACUGUUCUCAGUCCUGCUCGGUCUCGUUGGCUUUGGAAAAGGGCAGACGUUUCACAUGGGACCAUGUCCAGACCCACCAGUCCAAGAAGGCUUCGAUAUCGCCAAGUACGUUGGAAAAUGGUACGAGAUAGAAAAGCUGCCGUCAAAUUUUGAAAAAGGAAGAUGCAUCCAGGCACAUUACUUGCUGCAGGACAAUGGGAGGGUCAAAGUGAUCAGCAAGGAGCUGCAGUCUAAUGGCAAAGUUAAAGAACUCGAAGGAGAAAUCACACAUGCAGACGUGAAGGAGCCAGCCAAGUUGGGCAUCAGCUUUAACUGGUUCACACCUUCUACCCCUUACUGGGUCAUCUCCACCGACUACGAGAACUACUCGCUGGUUUACUCCUGCACUAACAUCAUCUGGCUCUUCCACGUCAACUAUGCCUGGAUUUUUUCAAGAGCUCCCGAUAUGCACCCGGAAACCGUGGACAGCCUGAAGAGCCUUCUCCAAUCCUACAAGAUUGACACCGAGAAAAUGGUGCCCACGGACCAGCUCAACUGCCCUCCUGAGAUGUAACUCCGACGGCACCACACCAGCUAUGAACUCUGUUGCUUCCCUUAGCAUCCAUUAGGACUUCUUUACCUAGAGUCAUAAUCCCUCUGCUAACGGUAGUUUGCCAGCCCUGACCAUUACUCCUUGUGGUUGUUCUCUCUGUUGCUAUUCCUCCUCUUCUGUCUCAUGCUGACUUACUUUUGCAGAGUAGCUGACUGAUUCAAAGCUAAGGGGUGAAGAAAAGAAAUGCUGAAGCCCAGACGUGAAGUUUUGCUGUUGCUGCGAAUCCUCAAGUGUGUGGAUGCAAAAGGGUAUGAGCUGUGAGGUACAAAUGUUAGUCCUGUGGGAAAGCCUGUCACCAUGCACCCAUAGGUUUGUCUGCUAUUUUUGUUCUGAUGUUUCCGGGCCUGUUAGGCAUACGCAAUGGCUGAGCUACCCCACAGGCACUGCCUCCCUAGGAAUUGCCACUGGGGUGUUUGAACAUGUUCUCUGGUACAGGGGUGUAGGAAUAUGUUCCUGCCAAGUCAGCAAACCUUCUCACUAAAAUUCAGAUCUGGCCCUUUGCAUUUAAAGUCUGAGAAGCCUAAAAAUGUCCAGAAAUUCAACGCUGCUCCAUCCCCCCACUGCCUGCAUGUGUCUUCUCUUGCCUCUGGCAAGGCUGGUUCUGCACCACCAAAGGCUCAGCUCUGAGGGUGCCUGCAACCAGGCCCAAAGAGAAGGGUCCGUUUGCUUGUCCAUGCGCAGGACGGGCGAGGGGCAAACGCAGCUCUCAUCCUGCCUGUGUAAUGCAUUGGGCGCCAGAGGCUUUCCCCUGCACCCCUCCAGCUGGCAGGCUCUGCCUCGGAUGCUGCUCACCGUUUUCGCACGUGUCCGAGUGCCCUGAUGGCACUGCAUCUGCCCUGGCAGAUGUUCGCAAGGCGCUGCUAUGACUCUGCUUAAAUAGCAUUGAUGCAACUCAUUAAAAAUGAAAUCAAAA